GGCGGGGGGCGCCUGCUGAGAUGCCCCCCGGGUGGGCGCAGGGGCAGCGUCCCGCGGUAGAGGUCGGGCGGGCGGGGGCGCGAUGGCCUCCCCCUCCGGGCAGGGCUCCCCGGGCGCCGGCGGGCUGCUGCGCGGCAGCCGGGCGCGGUCCUACGGCAGCCUGGUCAGCUCGCCGGUGCGCGAGCGGCGGGUCGAGCACCAGCUGCGCCCCGGAGACACGCUGCAGGGCCUGGCGGUCAUGUACGGCGUGACGAUGGAGCAGAUCAAGCGGGCCAACCGGCUCUAUACCAACGACUCCAUUUUCCUCAAAAAGACGCUCUCCAUCCCGGUGCCGGCCCAGCCGAAGGCUUUGUCGAACGGAUUAAACUUCGACGACGAGGAGGAAGAGGAGAAGGAGGGGGGAGCCACACCUCCCCUGCCUGAGGCGACCAAGCAGAAGCUGCCCCGGAAGAACGGCACGUCGGGGGGGUCGGUCCCCAAGCACGACCUGUCCGCGGCCGAUUUUCUCUUCAAACUCGAUUCCGAGAUCCGCCGGUCCAAGCAAGCAGCGGCCAAGAAGCUGCGCGAAGGGGAGAGCAUGGUUUGGGGGGAUGCAGCGGGAGCGCCCUCCGGCUCCUACCAGGGCGAGCCUUCCCCCCGUGCCCAGCAGCGGGCUGUCCUCGGCCCCGUGCCACUCACCAGGAUUGCCCGGGCCGACACCCUGCAUGACCAAGAGGACGAGAUCUUCAAGCUCUGAGGCCCCCUGGGGUGCCAGAGUCACCUCUGACCCCCCACGCCGUGGGGCAGAGCAGAUGCCACCCGGAAAGGACCCCCUGGAGCUUCCUUGCUGGGGCAGAGGACCGACCCUUCACCUGCUCCGGUUUCAGUUCUGCCUCCCUUCAGCCCCCCCCCCGGGACAAUGGACGGCCUGGGGGUCCCUUGCUCCGUUCGGCCCUCCCCCAUACCGCCCCCCCCGGUAUUUAUUGCCUCAAGUGCUUCUUUGCCCACGUAGCUCAAUCUUGGGGGCAGUGGCCCCACACUCGCACCUCCUCUGUCCGGGUCCACCCCGAGCGUGCCGGAGGGCGGGUUCCUGGAAGCGGCUGUGGAGCACAGGCGUCCCUCCACGGAUGCCGGAGGGGGGGCUAGUGAGCGGCUGCCCCCCCCUUCUUCAGCCCUUCUGAUUUCUCUCUGGGGCCUCAGCUGUGAUUGAUGGCACCCUACUCUCUGAUUAAAUAACUACAGGUUUUGCUGAA